AUGUUCAUUCGACAUUGUAUUUGUUACACACCAGAGACCUUCAGUAUCCAAAAUGAGCUCUGUCAGCAGGCUGAGGCAUACCUUCACGCUUCAAACCCCAGAAAUGCAAUCGACAGUGGAUUGAAGGCUCUCAAUGCGACAUCUGUUUCCCCAGAUCACGAUAUUGCUACACCUUUGCUUCAUGCCUAUUUUGAUACAUGGGAGCGGGUGUACUGCGUGGUGCACAAGGACACAUUCUGGAAAGAAUAUUAUGACACUUGCAUCGGCAUCAGACGAAUGUCCUUGGGCUUCAGAGUUCUCGCAUUAGCGAUGAUGGUCCUCGGCCAGAGGUCAAUUGAUCAUGACAUGCCCUCACAAAACCAGGAUCAUUCUGAAAGACUCUCCUCGUGGAUAGAAUGCGUCGAGCAUUAUUGUUACUUGUUGAUCGACAACCAGCGCUUGGAUCUCCUUUCGCUGCAAACAAUUUGCUUAUUCGCUUUGUACAAAGGAACAACAGCUGAUAGAAAAGAAGCUCGAACUUGGAUACAAAGGCUGGCCAAGAUUGCUGUACACGCGCGACUUCAUCGGGAUCCUUCCGACCUGGACGCCAUGUCCGACUUCGAUAAGCAGCUCCGACGACGCCUUUGGGCGAGUAUCGUGGAAAUUGACAUCCAAGUCGCUCUCGAACAGGGUACAAGCAUUCCAUGGGUUCAAAAUGUGGAUUAUGACGUGGAUGUAUAUCUUGGUGGAAGGCACACGUCGCGACCCACUCAUUUGUGGCCUGGGUGUGAAUUACAAAACGCUCUAUACGAAUCUGCCAAGGAUCGGAUUGCAUUCCUCCACGCGACCGUCGACGGUACCUUUUGUGAGAAAAAUGCCGAAGAUAGUGCCAGAACAUUGAGUCGCACGCUGGGCACACUCGACAGCAUUUGUGUGUCUUUCAGCAUGGUAAAUUCAGCACCGGAGCCACGGAUCCUUCUGCGGCUUCAUGUCCUGCGUCCUCUCCUCAAAGCGAUGCAGAUCAUCAUCUUCCAAUUGAAUAAUUCUGAUCAAAUAAGAGAAACUAUGACUAUAUACCACAAGCACGCGCUGGAGUUUCUGCGUCUCUAUCUGAAAUUGUCCACCAGCUCCCGGAAUGGAUCACUGCUGUCAUCCACCCUUUUCGAAGUACUCUCCCCAUCAUGCAAUUAUACGCAGAUGGUCGUCGACUCGCAAGUAAGCAGUUGA